GUUUGAGAACAACUGAACAGCUUUGGCAGUAAAAAUAUUAUCGUCAAGUCUUUUUUUAAAAAGUAUUUUCUGGGAGCCCAAGAUUUAUGGCUUAUUUUCAAAAAGUGGUUGGGCAAUUUAUUAUUAACAAUUUAAUUGUUUAAAACGCUAUAACUAAUUAACUAAUACUUCCAAAUACUCUUUUUUCCUUUCUUAAAAACGAACAAAGUAUAAUACUGAGCCUUUUCGUUUUCUAAUCUUUAUUUACAUGAUGGAAAAUUAUUGUUAACGGUUUAAAUAAAGAUGUCGUCACUAACAGUGGAACAAAUUUACCUUUAUCCUCUUGAAAAUGCUCGAAAUCAUCAUACCGAUACAUAUGAGUUGGUUCACGAUGAAGAAAACCCAAUUCCUGUAUUACGACGAGGUCAAAAGUUUACAUUGGCUCUUAGAUUUUCGGAUAGAGCGUACGAUAAAACAAAGGACAUAAUAAGGUUGAUUUUUAGUUUCGGACCUGACCCUAUCACAAUUAAAGGAACACAGGGCGUAGUAACUGUAGAUCCUACUAAAAAAUAUGCAGACACUGGUAAAUUAUGGAAUGUCGGUUUGCUGGCGUUAAUGGAAAAUACUCUUACAGUAGAGAUAUAUUCACCACCUGACUGCCCUGUAGGAAUUUGGAGCCUUAAAGUAGAGACAAAUACUCAGAAGUCAAGUGAACCAGAUAAGAUUCAAAAUUAUGAAAACGAUCUGUAUCUUCUGUUUAAUCCAUGGAAUUGUGAUGAUUUAGUAUGCAUGCCUGAGAAGAGAUUACUUGAUGAGUACAUUUUGACUGAUGUUGGUAAGAUAUGGGUUGGUCCAUAUGGUUCAAGUAGGGGCCGAGAAUGGGUUUUCGGACAAUUUGAUGCCUGCAUUUUACCCGCUGCAAUGCUUAUGUUUGAACGAUCUGGUCUACCAUCAACAAGCCGAGGAGAUCCGGUUAAAGUAGUUCGUGUAAUUUCCAAGCUUGUAAAUUCCAAUGACGAUGAUGGAAUUUUGAUUGGCAAAUGGGACGGUGAAUAUGAUGAUGGUACAGCUCCUGCGGCAUGGAGUGGCUCCAUUGAAAUACUACAAAAAUUUUUAGACACGCAAGAGCCAGUAGGCUACGGACAAUGUUGGGUAUUUGCAGGAGUUGUUACAACAAUUUGCAGGGCUUUGGGAAUUCCCUCAAGGGUUGUUUCAAACCUUGUUUCUGGACAUGACUCAAAUUCCACUAUCACUAUUGACAAAUAUUUUGAUGAAAAAAAUGUAGAAUUAGAAGACUAUAAUACUGAUUCAAUUUGGAAUUUUCACGUGUGGAAUGAUGUUUGGAUGACCAGGCCUGAUCUACCUGAGGGGUAUGGUGGUUGGCAAGCAGUAGAUGCAACACCUCAGGAAACUUCAGACAGCGUCUAUCAAUGCGGUCCUGCUUCAGUGUAUGCCAUUAAGAACGGUGCAAUUGGUUGCAAUUACGAUGUUCCCUUUAUGAUAGCAGCUGUUAAUGCCGAUAUAAUGCGUUGGAAAAGAAAUCCAGAAUGCGAUUUGGGAUAUUCAAAAAUUUCUUGUAAUAAAUACCAUAUUGGUCGUGUCAUAUUAACAAAGAAACCAUUUAUGUAUGAUCCAAAUGGCGAUCGAGACCGAGAAGAUGUUACGUUACAGUACAAAUCGAAAGAAGGGAGCAAAGCGGAAAGAUUAUCCCUCUUAAAUGCCGUUAGAAGUUCUCAUAUUGGAAAAGUCAUUUAUGAGUUACCAGAUGCGGAGUUGGGUGAUGUUGAAUUUGAUUUAGAAGAACUAGAUCUUAUCAAUAUCGGUGAUGAUUUCAAUUUGAUAGUUAAAAUGAAGAACAAGAGUAACGAAAUUCGUCACAUUGAAGCACUUUUAUCGGCGAAUAGUGUAUUUUACACUGGAAUAAUACACAAUUCAAUUAAGAAAGCAGAACUGAAAUACUCGUUAGCACCAAAUUCAAGUGAGAAAAUGAAAUUAGUUAUUCGAUCAGAUGAAUAUCUUGACAAACUAGUUGAGUAUUGCAACAUUAAGAUAUUCGCUAUUGCUAAUGUGACCGAAACUAGUCAAACUUGGGCUGAUGAAGAUGAUUUCCAAGUGAUCAAACCUAAAAUUAAAAUAAAGGUCCCAUCUUCAGUUCCCAUAAGGACCCCAACAGUAAUAACCUUGAGGUUUGUAAAUCCUUUGAAGAAAACACUAACUAAUUGCCAAUUUAAUAUUUCUGGUCCUUCAAUAAUUCGAAGUCAAGUCAUGAUGCAUCCUGAUGUAAAACCUGGAGCUAAAGUGAAAGUAACAACUGAAAUUAUGUUAACUUCUGUAGGCGACAAGAAGCUUGUUGCAACAUUUAGUUCUAAGGAACUGCUUGAUAUUACCGGUUCGGCGAAAAUUGAAGUUUUUGAUGACAAUGAAGAAUAAAAUUGCUUGUAUUUAUAUAUAUACGCCCGCUUAGAGUUGCUUUUUAAAGUUAAGUUUAGAAAAUAAUUUUCCGAUGCGUGUUGAAGAAAUAAGAGGAUUUUUAAUUCCUAGAAGAAGGAAUGGGUUGAAAUGCUGAAAAAUAAAGAUACAUCAAUCACGAAAAAGCUUACGUUUUUUAUUAAAUUUAAUUUUUAUCUCAAAAAAAUAUGAAUAUAAGUAUAAAAAAAUCUCAAUUUCAUCUUAUUUCUUUAACGACAGCAUUACUUUUCAAAUAUGUAGUAUUACUACACAAAAUAAAUUAAAUGGGCAAAAGUGAACAGUACCGGUUACACUACAGUUACUACAGUUAUUAAUUCGUAAUUUACAUUUUUUAUACGUAGAAAGGGAAUAUGUUUAACCGCUUUAAGUAUUCGGCGUUAUUAGUUU